CUAAGAUCUGAUAAGUAUCUGAUUAUAAUUAGAUAAUGAUGAAAGAGUUACAAAUAAACUAAAAAAUUCCAUUAAUUAAUUAAAUCAUGAAUUAAUUCAUCAGCUUCAUGAAAGGCUCGAAAUCUUGGAAGCAAGCUCUUCACUUGAGUGAGUGAUAGUGCGAAAGUGGAAUACUUAGAAAAAAAAAAAAUGCUGGAACGGGCUUUGUCGCUCUCAACGCGCAGGUCACCGCCGGUGAGUGAGGAUAUGGACGACGUCGACGAUAAAGAAGUCGGCGGCCGCGGCGACGAAUCCAAGAACCACCGGAUGCACUUUUCUAUUGCUGCCAUGAGAUUCACUCAUUACUUCACCCGAACUGGUUACUUGUGGCCCUUGAUCAUCCUAGGAAUCCUUAUCUUCGUCGUUUGCUCAAUUUUCCUUCACACUCGCGAUUUGGUUUGUCUCAAGGCCGCCACCUCCGAUCACAUCUCCCGAUUGCGCUUCUUCGGAUUUGACGAUGUGGAGUCUGAUUUUGGAUCCCUCGGCGUUCCUUGGUGCAGAUCGAAACUGGGAAAAACUGUUGAAUGGACAACAAAGGAUUUGCUCAGAGGUUUGGAGGAGUUUGUACCCAUUUAUGAAACACGGCCAAUCAAGAAUAACAUGUACGGAAUGGGAUUUGACCACAGCUUUGGACUUUGGUUUAUUGCUCGAUGGCUGAAGCCAGAACUAAUGAUUGAGAGUGGAGCUUUCAAGGGGCACUCAACAUGGGUUUUACGGCAAGCAAUGCCUGAUACACGAAUUGUAUCACUUUCACCUCGGCACCCAGAGAAGUACCUGAAGAAAGGCCCUGCUUAUGUUGAUGGGAAUUGCACAUACUUUGCUGGUAAAGACUUUGUGGAUUUUGGGAGUAUUGACUGGGGAAGUGUAAUGAAGAAACACGGAAUAAAAGAUCUUACGAGGGUCCUUGUGUUCUUUGAUGACCAUCAAAAUGAGUUGAAAAGGUUGAAGCAAGCAAUCAAAGCCGGCUUUAGGCAUCUUGUCUUUGAGGAUAACUAUGACACUGGAACAGGGGAUCAUUAUUCCUUCAGACAGAUAUGUGACCAAUUUUAUAUAAGAGGUGGCGGCCAUAGCUGCUUCAGGGAUAGUGAUGAAGCUAGGAUGAGGACCAGAAGAAAGAAGAUCUGGGAGAAGGCUGUGGAUAUAGAUGAACUAUGUGGUCCAGGAGAAGCAUGGUGGGGAGUAAGAGGGCAGAUGCGUGAUGAUUUUAAUCACAGUAACAAGGCAAUAACACACUCUCAGCAUUUUCAGAACAGUCGGUAUGUAGAAUCAGUGCUGGACAUCUACUGGGAGUUACCUCCAGUGGCCGGUCCUUCACUUACUCACCAAACAAGAUAUGAUCCUGCUCGGGUUACCAGUCCUAUAGUUGAAGAUGGAAGAUAUGGUUUAUUCCAAAGGCUUGGGUUAUCAAGACUUGAAACUUCUGUAUUUAAUGGAUAUACUCAGAUGGUGUAUCUUCAGGUUUCUGAGCAGGAUUCCUAAUCCCAACUACAUAAUUCAAUCUUUGUACUUAUUUAUAUCAUUUGAUGAUACUUGCUCGCUGGCAUACUUGUCUUAAUUUAUCUUUUAAGCUUGUAGGCACGUAAUUUGUACUAAUAUGUGAUUCUCAUUUUAGUUCUUUAGUCAAUAUGGACAUUUACGUUUAUGGUUUGAUUAUUUUUUUAAAGAUUUUCUUGUAGCGGAAUUCAUUUUGUUAUUUUCUGGAACUGAAUUCCUUCUUUUAG